CUGUUGUAGAUGUGACCAAAUAAGUGCAUCACGUGACCACGACGCACCCCUAAACGGUUCUCGUAGUAAAGUCAGUAUAUUAAGUACAUCAUGGCUAGCAUUGUACGUGCUGUAAGGUCUGGCGACAUCAAACUUAUUGAUGCAGAACUCCGCAAACCAGGGUUUUGCAUCAAUUCACCUACAACUGGAGGCCGAACAGCAUUACACCAUGCUAUUGAUGCAGGAAAAAUUGAAGUUUGCAAGCAUCUGAUCUCCAGGGGGGCAGACCCAGAUUUGGAAGAUGAAGGAGAAUGUACUCCUGUGUAUAUCGCCAUUCUCAAGGAAAAUAAGAAGAUGAUUGAAUUCCUUCUGGAACAGGGUGCAAACAAAAAAGGCAAGUCCCCGGAUGGUGACAAAUACAUAGAGUGCACUGAAAACGAGGCUAUCAAAGAGCUUUUCAAAUGACGUUUUUGUAUAACUGACUAAAGUAGAAUAGAGUUAAGGUUCAGCUGAUGUAAGAAAUAAAGACCAAUAAACCACU